ACAAGAGGGCGGGUACCUAAGCCACAACAGUCCGUUAAACAGAGAGACAGAGAGAGAGAGAGAGAGAGAGAGAGAGAGAGAGAGAGAGAGCAAAAGAGAGGUUUUCAUUUCAAAGGCAAUAGGAAGAAAUGGCAGAAGCCGAGGAUAUUCAGCCUCUUGUAUGUGACAAUGGAACUGGAAUGGUCAAGGCUGGAUUUGCUGGAGAUGAUGCUCCAAGGGCUGUGUUCCCUAGUAUUGUAGGUCGCCCUCGUCACACAGGUGUGAUGGUUGGUAUGGGCCAAAAGGAUGCGUAUGUUGGGGAUGAGGCACAGUCAAAGAGAGGUAUUUUGACUUUGAAAUACCCAAUCGAGCAUGGGAUUGUUAGCAAUUGGGAUGACAUGGAGAAGAUCUGGCACCACACCUUCUACAAUGAGCUUCGUGUGGCUCCAGAAGAGCAUCCAGUUCUUCUCACAGAAGCACCUCUCAACCCCAAGGCCAAUCGUGAGAAAAUGACUCAGAUUAUGUUUGAGACCUUCAACACUCCGGCUAUGUAUGUUGCUAUUCAGGCCGUCCUUUCUCUUUAUGCUAGCGGCCGUACAACUGGUAUUGUUCUGGACUCAGGGGAUGGUGUGAGUCACACAGUUCCUAUCUAUGAAGGCUAUGCACUCCCACACGCCAUCCUGCGUUUGGAUCUGGCCGGCCGUGAUCUCACAGACGCCCUUAUGAAAAUCUUGACCGAACGUGGUUACUCUUUCACCACUACUGCCGAGCGUGAAAUUGUGAGGGACAUGAAGGAGAAACUAGCCUACAUUGCUCUUGACUAUGAGCAAGAGCUAGAGACGGCAAAGACCAGCUCAGCUGUGGAGAAGAGCUAUGAGCUACCUGAUGGUCAGGUGAUCACCAUCGGCGCUGAGCGAUUCCGUUGUCCUGAAGUACUCUUCCAGCCAUCCAUGAUUGGAAUGGAAGCUGCUGGCAUACAUGAAACCACAUACAAUUCUAUCAUGAAGUGCGACGUCGAUAUUAGGAAGGAUCUCUAUGGUAAUAUUGUCCUCAGUGGUGGUUCCACUAUGUUCCCAGGCAUUGCUGAUAGGAUGAGCAAGGAGAUUACAGCAUUGGCCCCAAGUAGCAUGAAAAUUAAAGUGGUGGCACCACCAGAGAGGAAGUACAGUGUCUGGAUUGGAGGCUCCAUUUUGGCUUCUCUCAGCACCUUCCAACAGAUGUGGAUUGCAAAGGCAGAGUAUGAUGAAUCCGGGCCGUCAAUUGUUCACAGGAAAUGCUUUUAGUCAUGCAAAGAGAGAGGUGGGCAAAGAAUUUACAGGAUACAUUUUGUGUUACAGAGAGGCGCUUCUAAUCAAGUGGUUGCAGACUUCCCUUUUUUCUUUUUUCUUUUUUAUUUCUUUCCCAUUUUUCAUUCAUGUUUGUUUCUGUGUCUUUCUUUUGUUAUUGCUGGGGCAUUGAACAUGGAGGCAAGCAAAUUAAGUUUAAGAUUCAAUUUUUUCAAUACUACGUUGUAGAAGAGAGAGUUGUGUAUUGUUACUGAUUUGGUUUGGGUUGAAACAGAGAAAUUCUUUUUCAUGAUAAAUUAUGUUUGAGGGUUCUUUUGAUUAA